UCGCGCUAAUCAGAAAUCCAGUUAAAAUGGAUGGUCAAUGCAAUGAAAAUCUAUUGGCCAUGGUGAAAGAUGAAGAAAACAAUAUUUUAUUUUACUCCAGUGUCGGCUUUGUAUAGCAUUUCUAAAAACCAGACUACGGUCGCAAGAAAACCCCGUGAGUAAGAAAAGAACACCCUUUAUCAUAAUAUCAGUACAACAAACCACUUUUUUAACAUAAAUUGUCACAUUUGAGGACACGAGAGCUUAACGUUACUGGCAGUGGAUGGCGCUGUUGGGUCCAACGCUAUGGGUUAGUUACCUCUUCAGGAAGGAGAAGUUCCUCAUCAAGAGUUUGUGCAUCCAAAAGUUUGUCUCAGGAUGAUCAGGCUGCUCCAGUUAUUGUGUCUCGCUGGUGUCCUUCUACAGUGUGAAGGUCAGGCUCAGGGUCUUUCAGCUUGCCUAACGAACCCUACAUACAGACUGGCAGAAAAUGCUGAUAUGAUGGUGACUUGUGGAACCGAUCAGAUGUCUUUAAGAGUUUUCCUGUGUCCAAUGUAUUUUGGGGGAUACAACGAAUCUCUAAUGGCCCUCAAUGCUAAGUUUAACAUCCCAGCCUGCCGUGGAGUAGCAGACUGGUCUGCCAAUCCUCCCGUCUUGAUGUUUAACUUCUCGAUCUCCCAGGAUGCGCUCACCCUUUGUGGCAACAAUAUGAAUAUCACAAGUCAAGUGGGCUCAGGAUUAUUCUCAGAGUUCUCCCAAGUCCAGAACGUUAAUAUAUCUGGAUUAAUCAAUUCCUGGGAUCCCAGUGUUAGCGGCAUCACUUACAGGCAACAACUGAUGUACCAGUUUUCAUGUCUGUAUCCGCUCCAGUAUUUAAUCAACAACACCGAGCUCAGCGUGUCAGGAGUGAGUCUAGCUGUAAAGGAUAACAACGGCACCUUCAUCAGCACUCUAAGCAUGAGUCUUUUCAGUACUGCCAACUAUACUAGCAAACUACAGAUUCCAGGAACUGGGCUUAUGUUGAAAACUCGCAUCUAUGUGAAGGUCAAGGCAACAAAUCUCACAAACAAGUUCAAUGUGUUGCUGGACCGUUGCUAUGCCACAACAAACCCAUAUCCAAUCAGCAGCACCUCCUAUGAUCUUUUUGUCGGGUGUACUCGUGAUCCCCAGACAGUAAUCGACUUGAACGGGAUAUCCCAAGAAGGUCGGUUCUCUUUUGAGGCUUUCCGCUUUGUGGAACAUAAGAACCAGACCACCUCCACUUUCUACCUGCAUUGUGUUACCCGACUCUGUGAGAACUCAUCUUGCGCCAACUUGCUUCCGAGAUGCGUAACGAAGAGAGAAGUAAGACAAGUAAACCCUACAGAGAACCCUUCUAAUGAUGUAGCCACUGUCACCUCAGGACCAAUCACAACCAGAGUUGACAAUGGUGGCCUUGUGCCCGCUAGAUUGACCUCAUCAGCAUCCAUCCCUCAACUGACGUAUGUUGGCAUAGCUACUGGCUUGCUGAGCUUCUUUCUACUUGACUGGUUCUCUACAUCAAUACUUGCAUGAUGAUCUACAUCAGGAUUUGGGAACUCCUUGCCUCUUGAUUGAACAGUCUUAGAAAUUCUCUCAGAUGAUGCAAACAUGUGAGAAAAUAUAUGUCAGUUAUCAACACCUCUGUUUUUCAAUUUGGUAUAUAGAAUAUUGUUUUGUAAUUGUGACCUUUUUUGUCCUAAGUUUUAUGAUCUUCUAUGAGAACAAGGAAAAAGAGAAAAGAAAGUUUCAGUCUGUAGUAUACAAAAUGCCUUUUUAAACUGAAAAGUGAAGUCUAUAAUGCAUGUAAUGCUGUUCUUGGGUAAAAUAUAUGCAAUAUGUAUGUAAUAAUUUUACAUUUAAACUUAUAUAAAACUGUUAGAAUCUGCCUUUGUCCCUGGUAUUUUCACAGGUCAUCAUAUAUGUUUUUUUUAUUAUGUUAGUUAAAUAAUAUACCGAAAGUCUGGGCAGAAGAUAUUAAGCUAAAUGAAAAAUACGCCACACGAGCUGGCUGGCAUUAUAAAACAGGUACAGUAAAUAAAACUCAGUAUAUAACAUUGCAUAUAUAUAUUGUAUUAUUUUUUAGUUAGUUUAUGAUUUAUUGUUAAAUUGUUAGUCUAAUAAAAAAUAAAUUAGAGGCAGGCACUAGACGCAACAAACAACUCUACUUCACUAAAUGUAAACUGAGUGUCUGACAAAGACAGGCCCUCUGGAAAAAAAAA